GGCGCAGUAAAAGCCAAGGUUUGUUUUUCACGGGUGUAAAGUAUGUUUAAGUGCAUUAACCGAACGGCCCAGUUUAACAGUUACAUCCACUCAGCAGGCAGCAGUUUCAUUAUCAAGCUCAAUUGUAGGCUGGUGUCAUCCUUGCCACUCAGAAUGACCGACCCGGCUGUGAACAGGGUGGUUAGUGAAAUCAUUCGCUCUCCGGAAGACAAACGGGUUUACAGGGGCUUGGAGUUUACCAAUGGCCUGAAGGCUAUGCUCAUCAGUGACCCAACCACAGACAAAUCCUCAGCUGCUUUGGAUGUCCAAAUAGGUUCAUUAUCAGACCCAUCAAACAUCUCAGGCCUGGCGCACUUCUGUGAGCACAUGCUGUUCCUGGGAACAAAGAAGUACCCGAAGGAAAAUGAGUACAGCCAGUUCCUCAGUGAGCAUGCAGGCAGCUCCAACGCCUUCACCAGCGGGGAGCACACCAACUACUACUUCGACGUGUCCCACGAGCACUUGGAGGGAGCACUAGAUAGGUUUUCCCAGUUCUUCCUGUGCCCUCUGUUUGAUGAAAGCUGUAAGGACCGGGAGGUGAACGCUGUGGACUCCGAGCACGAGAAGAACCUGAUGAAUGACGCCUGGAGGCUGUUCCAGCUGGAGAAGGCCACCGGCAACCCCGACCACCCCUUCAGUAAAUUUGGAACAGGUAACAAACUGACCCUGGAGACCCGGCCGUGCAAAGAAGGGAUCGACAUCCGUGAAGAGCUCCUGAAGUUUCACUCCACGUAUUACUCCUCCAACCUCAUGGGACUGUGCGUGUUGGGAAGAGAGUCAUUAGAUGAUUUGACCUCCAUGGUGGUUAAGCUGUUUGGAGAAGUGGAAAACAAGAAUGUACCUGUCCCAGAAUUCCCUGAACACCCCUUCCAGGAAGAACACCUAAGACAAUUCUACAGUGUGGUGCCGAUCAAAGACAUCAGGAACCUGUAUGUGACUUUCCCCAUCCCAGACCUGCAGAAGUACUACAAAUCCAAUCCAGGACAUUAUCUGGGACAUCUGAUUGGUCACGAAGGACCAGGGAGUCUGUUAUCCGAGCUCAAAUCUAAAGGCUGGGUGAACACACUUGUUGGAGGGCAGAAGGAAGGAGCCAAAGGAUUCAUGUUCUUCAUCAUCAACGUGGACCUGACUGAGGAGGGGCUCUUGCACGUUGAGGACAUCAUCUUCCACAUGUUCCAGUACAUCCAGAAGCUGCGGACUGAGGGCCCUCAGGCGUGGGUGUUCGAUGAGUGCAAGGAUUUAAACAAAGUGGCCUUCAGGUUCAAGGAUAAGGAGCGACCCCGCGGCUACACCUCCAAAGUAGCCGGUCUUGUACACUACUACCCUCUUGAGGAGAUCCUCGCAGCAGAGUACCUUUUGGAGGACUUCAGGCCAGAUCUGAUCGAGAUGGUUCUGGAUAAGCUGAGACCAGAACAUGUCAGAGUUGCAGUGGUGUCAAAGUCAUUUGAAGGGAAAACAGACAAGACAGAAGAGUGGUACGGCACGCAGUACAAACAGGAGGCCAUUUCUGCAGAGUCCCUUGAGAAAUGGGCAAGUGCAGAUCUCAACGGCAAGUUCAAAUUGCCGACGAAAAACGAGUUCAUCCCUACCAACUUCGAGAUCUACCCUCUGGAGAAAGACUCUCCCUCCGUCCCCACUUUAAUCAAGGACACCGCUAUGAGCAAGGUCUGGUUCAAGCAGGAUGAUAAGUUCUUCCUGCCCAAGGCCUGCCUGAACUUUGAGUUCUUCAGUCGUUACAUAUACGUAGACCCCCUGCACUGCAACAUGACCUACCUGUUGCUCAGGUUACUGAGGGAUGAUUUAAACGAGUAUUCAUAUGCAGCCCGUCUGGCGGGACUGGUGUAUGGCGUAGCCUCGGGGGUGAAUGCCAUCCUCCUGUCUGUGAAAGGCUACAGUGACAAACAGCACAUCCUGCUGAGGAAGAUCGUGGAGAAGAUGACCACCUUCGAGAUCGACGAGAAGCGCUUCGACAUCAUUAAGGAAGCGUACAUGAGGUCUUUGAAUAACUUCAGAGCAGAGCAGCCACACCAGCACGCCAUGUACUACCUCCGUCUGCUGAUGACCGAGGUGGCCUGGACCAAAGACGAGCUCAGGGAGGCCCUGGAUGAUGUGACGCUUCCACGCCUCAAGGCUUUCAUACCUCAGCUUUUGUCACGGUUACAUAUUGAAACCCUUCUCCAUGGCAACAUCACAAAGGAGUCUGCUCUCGGCAUGAUGCAGAUGCUGGAGGACACGCUCAUCGAGCACGCUCACACGAAGCCCCUCCUCCCCAGCCAGCUGAUUCGCUACAGAGAGCUGCAGGUUCCAGACGGCGGCUGGUACGUGUACCAGCAGAGGAACGAAGUGCACAACAACUGCGGCAUCGAGAUCUACUAUCAGACGGACAUGCAGAGCACCAACGACAACAUGCUGCUGGAGCUCUUCUGCCAGAUCAUCUCCGAGCCCUGUUUCAACACCCUGAGGACCAAAGAGCAGCUGGGCUACAUUGUGUUCAGUGGGCCCCGGCGGGCCAACGGAGUGCAGGGACUGCGUUUCAUCAUCCAGUCGGAGAAGGCCCCACACUACCUGGAGAGCCGGGUGGAGGCGUUCCUCUGCACCAUGGAGAAGGCUGUGGAGGAGAUGGCUGACGAAGCCUUCCAGAAGCACAUCCAGGCCCUCGCCAUCCGCCGCCUGGACAAACCCAAGAAGCUCUCUGCCGAGUGCGCCAAGUACUGGGGGGAGAUCAUCUCUCAGCAGUACAACUUCGACAGAGAUAACACCGAAGUGUCCUAUCUGAAGACGCUGACGAAAGAAAACGUAAUGCACUUCUACAGAGAGCGUCUGACAGUGGAUGCCCCGAAGAGACACAAGGUCUCCGUGCACGUCCUGUCCAGAGAGAUGGACUCCUGUCCCAUCGUGGGGGAGUUCCCCGCUCAGAACGAUGUCAACCUGUCCCCUGCCCCCUCCCUGCCUCAGCCCACCCUGGUGCAGGACAUGACGGAGUUCAAGAGGAGCCUCCCCCUCUUCCCGCUGGUCAAACCUCACAUCAACUUCAUGGCCGCCAAACUGUGAGGGGGUGGGGGGGGGGCGCAGCUCCACACGCAGGAAGACCAGCAUCUCACCGAGCCUGUGUGUGUGUGUUUGCGGGGCUGCGUGUGCGUGUGCGUGUCCGGCUGCAGUCAAUAGAGGAGAUGCUCUGAUCAGACGCGUUUUCAUUUGAAUCACCAUGUUAGCUCGUAGCUCAGGUAGCGUUUGCACACUGAGAAGCUACACACACACACACACACACACAGACACAGACACACACACACACACACACACAACUACAGGAAAUAGUAACAACCUAUCAAAAGGCCACACCCCUUUAAUGAAGAACCUGGAGGCGUUUAAUUUGGAUUGUUUUCAGACAUGCUGCUUUGACGAGGUGUUCGGGGUUGUAGAAGAUGAAGCGUAGCGCCGCGUCGUUUAUCUGUCCGUACGUGUCACCAGGAGAGGACUGUCAAAUAGAAGAUUUUAUCUGAAUGGUUUUCCUGAAGAAUGUGUUUAUGAUUUUUGAUUGUUUUUAAUCCCGGCGGGUUAUGAAAUGCUUGUAAAAUGUUGGGACCCUUUGAGGAGCGGUUAGCUGGUCACAUUUAUUUUAUUGCAUUUUACAGUAGGAUGUCAUUCAGAAACCUCAGGGGAACCUCUUUGCUGUUUUCUUUGUUUUUACAUUCAGUUUUACUAGUGAUUGAUUAAAAAUAAAAACACUUUUAUCCUUAAAA